AUGAAUAGUCUUUAUCUUAAAAAAUGCGGCAGGACUCAAAAAUCAGCUGACGCGUCGUCUGCAGUUGUUUACCCCGGUCUCCAUAGCAACGCAGCGUCUCGUAGCAAACCGCACGCAACACCUUAUUUAGACCCCAAACCGUCCCCAAACACCCUCAAAACCGAACCCCACCCACCCCACCUCCUAGAACAAUCAAAAACCUCGAUCCCGCCCGCCUUCAAAACCUCCCCCAGCCCCGCCCCGCAGCGGAACAAAAGCCGAAAGACCCCGAUCUCGCGCGUCCGGCAGCCCCGACGGACGCAGGUGCAGCAGAAGGAAAUCCUGGAGGAGGUGAUGUCCGGCAGAUUCAAGCAAGAUCCUCCGAGUUCAGCCAGCUCUGACAGUGGAGGAGAGGACUGUAUUGUUCCGCCGAUGGAAGAAGAUGAAUCCAAAUAAAAUGGGAAAAACG